GCUAGACGUUGCAUUGAUUGUGCACAGAGAACCUCACACUCUUCCACCACCUAAAUCUUGAUUGGAGAAGGAGUGAAUCGGAGCGCUUCUGUUCUUUCUGCAAGACCUGUCUCCAGUGAAGACCCUCUGUAGUCAUAAUGUCCCAGCUCCUGCAUGUGGAGAUCCCCAACUUCAGCAGCUUCCUGCUGGAAAAUCUAAAUGAGCAGCGCAUGCAGGACCACUACUGUGAUGUGGCCGCCAGGGUCAACGGCCAGGCCUUUAAGGCCCACCACUCUGUGCUGGCCGCCAGUAGCCUCUACUUUAGAGACCUGUUCAGCGGCAGCUCCCAGAACAUCUUUGAACUACCCUCCUUGGUCACCCCAUCCUGCUUCCAGCAGAUCCUCUACUUCAGUUACACGGGCAAGCUGUCUCAGCCUCCAGUAUUUUGUGCAGUAGUUUGUGUCUGGGGGCUAGGGUCAGUCUGUUAUAUCUGGAGUAUUUAUCCUGUCUUAUCCAGUGUCCUGUGUGAAUUUAAGUAUGCUCUCUCUAAUUCUUUCUUUCUUUCUCUUUCUUUCUCUCUCCCGGAAGACCUGGUACCCGGAGUGCAGUUGUACCCUCUGGCCUCUGGGGAGCACUCUAGCCCAGGGCCCUCCAACCUCCCAGCCACCGACAGCCCCACUUCCCAUCCCAACAAGGAGGAGUUUGAAGAGGAGUUCUAUGGCAGCAGAAAUACAAACGGAGUCAACUGAAUUCAGUUGACACAAUGCUGUAAAUAGAAGACUCUAGCGGGUGUGUAUAAUGCCAGCUAAUGUGUAAGGCCCUUAUUUGACAAUGUACAGUGCCUUGCGAAAGUAUUCGGCCCCCUUGAACUUUGCGACCUUUUGCCACAUUUCAGGCUUCAAACAUAAAGAUAUAAAACUGUAUUUUUUGAGAAUCAACAACAAGUGGGACACAAUCAUGAAGUGGAACGACAUUUAUUGGAUAUUUCAAACUUUUUUAACAAAUCAAAAACUGAAAAAUUGGGCGUGCAAAAUUAUUCAGCCCCCUUAAGUUAAUACUUUGUAGCGCCACCUUUUGCUGCGAUUACAGCUGUAAGUCGCUUGGUUUAUGUCUCUAUCAGUUUUGCACAUCGAGAGACUAAAAUAUUUUCCCAUUCCUCCUUGCAAACAGCUCGAGCUCAGUGAGGUUGGAUGGAGAGCAUUUGUGAACAGCAGUUUUCAGUUCUUUCCACAGAUUCUUGAUUGGAUUCAGGUCUGGACUUUGACUUGGCCAUUCUAACACCUGGAUAUGUUUAUUUUUGAACCAUUCCAUUGUAGAUUUUGCUUUAUGUUUUGGAUCAUUGUCUUGUUGGAAGACAAAUCUCCGUCCCAGUCUCAGGUCUUUUGCAGACUCCAUCAGGGUUUCUUCCAGAAUGGUCCUGUAUUUGGCUCCAUCCAUCUUCCCAUCAAUUUUAACUAUCUUCCCUGUCCCUGCUGAAGAAAAGCAGGCCCAAACCAUGAUGCUGCCACCACCAUGUUUGACAGUGGGGAUGGUGUGUUCAAGGUGAUGAGCUGUGUUGCUUUUACGCCAAACAUAACGUUUUGCAUUGUUGCCAAAAAGUUCAAUUUUGGUUUCAUCUGACCAGAGCACCUCCUUCCACAUGUUUGGUGUGUCUCCCAGGUGGCUUGUGGCAAACUUUAAAUUACACUUUUUAUGGAUAUCUUUAAGAAAUGGCUUUCUUCUUGCCACUCUUCCAUAAAGGCCAGAUUUGUGCAAUAUACGACUGAUUGUUGUCCUAUGGACAGAGUCUCCCACCUCAGCUGUAGAUCUCUGCAGUUCAUCCAGAGUGAUCAUGGGCCUCUUGGCUGCAUCUCUGAUCAGUCUUCUCCUUGUAUGAGCUGAAAGUUUAGAGGGACGGCCAGGUCUUGGUAGAUUUGCAGUGGUCUGAUACUCCUUCCAUUUCAAUAUUAUCGCAUGCACAGUGCUCCUUGGGAUGUUUAAAGCUUGGGAAAUCUUUUUGUAUCCAAAUCCGGCUUUAAACUUCUUCACAACAGUAUCUCGGACCUGCCUGGUGUGUUCCUUGUUCUUUAUGAUGCUCUCUGCGCUUUUAACGGACCUCUGAGACUAUCACAGUGCAGGUGCAUUUAUACGGAGACUUGAUUACACACAGGUGGAUUGUAUUUAUCAUCAUUAGUCAUUUAGGUCAACAUUGGAUCAUUCAGAGAUCCUCACUGAACUUCUGGAGAGAGUUUGCUGCACUGAAAGUAAAGGGGCUGAAUAAUUUUGCACGCCCAAUUUUUCAGUUUUUGAUUUGUUCAAAAAGUUUGAAAUAUCCAAUAAAUGUCGUUCCACUUCA